AGCCAAACAUCAUGUCUGGUUGACUUUCGCGCUUCGUUCCUCUUUCAAUUCGCGGCAAGUCAAGAGUUCAUACCACAUGAUCAUUACCAAAAUGUGGAAAGCAAACUGACUACUCUUAUUUGAACUCUGUAUAAUGGAGACUGGAGUACAUCUACGAUUUUAAACAUGGCAGCGAAGUGGCAGACGACAUUGGGCUGUCAUGAAGUGACGCUAAAGAAUAAAUGUGAAGUACGGCAAAUUGUCACCAAAACGUGUCCAGUUCAAAGUAAAAAUUAUUCAUUAAGCUACUAGUAUGUCAACAGAUUCAUCUAGUGAGAAUAUUGACGAACUUACAGAAAAGAACUUGGAAUCCCUGUUACUGGAAGAUGAAGGAUUUAUAGAUUUUUUUAACAAUUUCCUGGCAUUACCAUGCUUUGCAGAGCGUCUCCACUACAACUCAGAACUUGAAGUUUUUGAGGAAUUUAUUGAAAAAUUAGCUGAUGAUGUAGGUAAAGGAGAUGCCAAGGCUGCAUCACAGCUGCGUCAAUUCACACAUUGUGAAGGAACAAUCUAUAAUGUGGCUGCCAAUCAAUCGCGUAUUGGUUAUUAUGUGACUGUACUUGAUAAGGUACAGGGCCUGGAAUUUGUAAAGAAGCACAGACUGCAUCUUUUCCUUAGAAGUGAGCUUUAUGCUGAAUACAAACUGACCAAACACCUUUCAGCUGUCCAGGAGUCGUUCUUCCGCGAAUUGCACUCAGAAAGUUCAGAGGAUGAUGAUAGUGGAGUCGAAGAAGCCGCCAGUUUCCACCCCGCAAGUCGAAAACGGAGUGUUGUCAGUUUCAAUUUAACUCCUUCCUUGGGCGAAGCGCCAUCCCCCGAUGCAGAUAGGGACGCUGAAAAUGAAGGAAUUAUGUACCUACCAACCAAUGUGCGAUCCAUUGACGAGACCUUCGAUGCCUGGCACGAGUCUUUUAAACGUACAGAGAGCCGUGCUAGUAUGUUUAGCAGCGGAGAGGGGAGCUACCGUCUGCACACUCCUCAGAUUAUGGAAGAAGACGAAUCUCUAGAGACACGAUCAAGUUCGAGUUGUUUCAGCCCUAAGGAGAGCGAAUCCUCUGCUUCAAACAACGCUAGGCCUGUUUCAGGAUUGAGCAUUGCUAGUGAUAAUACUGAGAAGGCGCUGAGUCCUGCGGAGCCUAUCUCUAGGAUCAGUUCGGCGAGUACUGUAUCUAUUUUCCUAGAAAAUCAAAGUUCGUUUGUUUUAAACCAAGAAGAAUCAAAUGCUUGUGAUCUAGAUUCGGAAAAGAGUGGGAAUCGUCCUGGCGUGGGUGAAUUGACGCGCAGUUUGUCUUCAGCGCUGAGUUUUAUAGCCGAGCAUGGGAAAGUGACAGGGAACUCUUCUGUCCCAGGAGGCAUCAUUGGUGAACCAGAUUUAGGGGAACAAGAAGACGCAACGGGGAAAGAAGAUAGCAAAAGCAAAAAAGAUUUCGUUGUCGAAGAAGUGGGUAGUGCAGAGCGAGAAAGCAUUUCUUCAAGAGAAGAGACAGGAAGAGAUAACAUACCAUCCAGGAAUAAAGAUUCUUUUGUAGGUUCCGAGCUAAUUAAGGAGCACGAAAACUCAUUUUCUAAGGAAAGUGUUGAGGAGAAUCUUUCGAAGACUGAGAAAGAGGGGUAUCCCAUAGAAUGCGCGUCUAUAACUGUUGGUAGUGCGGUUGAAAAUACUUUACUUGACUGUGCCCAGUCUAAAAUGGAUAUUGGAAAUUCUGAUAGUGGUGUUGUUAAAGAGCCUUUGAUAACAGAUUUCGGGGUACAAAUCAAAAGUGGUAAUGAAGAUACUACGGAAAGUCUGGAUGGAGAACAAGUGCCAAGUAUUAGUGUAGAAGUUACGUGCAGUAAUGAAGAAGAAACUCUUGAUAAGGAAACUGCUUUGAACGACGACGCGGUUGAUUCAAAUUCUGUAGCUGACUCCAUCAGCGAAGAAAAUUCUGGAUCGGUCGCCGCGCGCGAGGAAUUUUCUCAGAACACUGAAGAUAUUUCUGGCAUAGAAGAAAAGACGUUUGUUUUGAAUGCACCUGAUUAUUCUGGGCAAGUAGAGGAGAAUUUAGGUGGAAAGGACGAAAAGAGAGAUAUUUCAGGAACAAAGAGAGACGGGGUGAAACCAACUGUUUCAGACGAGGAUUGUCUUCAUUGUAAAAAUGCAAAACACAGGAAUGUAUCUCCAACUUUGGGCAAGGACGCCUCAGUUGGAGAACGUAGCACAUCAAAUAAGGAGGAGCCAAAGCAGGCGAACUUAUCGGCUUUAGGUUCUGAACCUGGAGAGACAAGGUCAGUUGAUGAGUUUAGUGAACAGAGAAGCGCUCAGAGUGAAAGUAUAGCUGAAGAAAAUUCGAACACAGGAAUAUCAACUUUAUCAGAAGUGGUUGUGGACGUUGAGCAUAACAAUAAACAAAGUUCGUUUCAGAAUCGUGAGAAUGACGUUGGUGAGGACACAGAGAUAGUGGGUGAUGAAAACGAAUCUAAAACACAAGAUUUCCUAGGAGAAGAAUCCUUUCCAGGAAAAGAUUCUGAUGAGGACGACAAUGACUGCGAAGAAGACGACGGAGCAGGUUACACAACCGAGGCAAGCGCGACAACUCUUCAAGGAAUCCAAGGCAUCUUCGGGUCCAGACGACGUAGCAGUUUGGCGGCUACUUCGGUUGGUUUCGACGUUGGAGAUGAAUCGGCGUUCAGCGACUACGGUUCUGAGCUGGAGGACAAACCGUAUGAUUUGGCCACCAAAGAAGGUUUCGAUAUGUUCAGAGAGUUCCUUUUGGAGACCAGUGGGGAGAAGCUGUUGCAGUUUUGGUUGGAAGUCGAGUGUGGAAAAUACUUGGAAAAUGACGAUGAAAGAAACAGAUUGGUACAGUCUCUGCGUGACAGGUUUUGGAAAAGUGGAGGAAUUUACGAGUUCUCUGCAGGUACUAAAUCAAGAUUAAAUUUGGUGGAUGCAUCGACAUUGACUUUCGACAGGUUGUUUUUCAUUCAACCCGACGUACUCAGACCACUGCUAAGUUACUGGUGUAUACGUUUUAAUAUGCAUCAGCAACGUGUUUCUCACUCUCACGACCAAGAUUACAACAGAAUGUUACAAGACAGGCUAAAAUCAUGUUUUGGACGUCAGAUCGCAUCAUCAAACCUUCCGCAAGUCCCUGAGCACGUGGGUCUGUCCCAAGUUCUCUCGAGCAAAACUUUGGCCCGGCCCCAAAGUAGCUUUGUUAAGAACCGGCCUGUAACUCAGCACCAGACUUCUAGACCUCAAGUACGAGCCAAAUCUGCCCAUCCACGGCUUUUGCAAGCGAAUAAGUAUUGUCAUACGAAUGCAAGUACCACGCAAUUACAGAAUAUUAUUGCUCCUGUGAGGACAGGAUACGGGUUUGAGCAACCCCCAGGACCGUCCUUUCCUGUUGAACCUGAACCAGACUAUGCAUCCUCCGUCAGGCUCUUUAUCAACCCCGUGCCCUCCCCAGAUAGUAAAAUUCAGAGAAUGAUGAGGACGCUCCACCGAACUUCUAGUUAUGUUGAGAGUUCUAAGCCGGCUCUCGUCAGAGAGACUGGGUCCAAGACCGCUGCUAUGAUGGAUUCCUUGAUACAGGGACUGAUUUACGAACGGCAGACUGGGGACUACUUCAAAUUGUUUUUGCAGAAAUCAGGAAACGAGACCUGGAUGAACUGCUUGGCCUUUUGGAAGUCUCUUCAAGAGUACAACGCGUACUUUUUUGCCCAUUCUCUCAAUCCUUCCCUGUUGACAAGGAAGGCACGGACAAUGUACGCCAAUUUCAUCGUAUCAGGCAGCGCACAAGAUGUUCAAGUGCACAGGGACAUCCAGGUGCAGGUACAUAAGGAACUGGAGCCACCGUAUGAGGAGCUUUUCGACGCAGUCGAGGAGCAUGUUCUGCAUUCACUUUUGGAACCCUGGCAGAUGCAUAUAGACCAAGAAAAAAGCCUGUUCAAUGCAGAGGUAUCCACACAACAGACCUUGAGGCAUAUUGAAAUUCAAGUCGUGGCUAAACGAAGACAGAGCAUUACUUCAACUCGUGGGGGGCUCGAUGCGGCCGAAGAGGACCACGAAAAAGAACGAAUUUCAGUAGAAGAAGCCAACAGACCUUUCCCUGUUCCAAAGGACGGAAUCACGUUUGAAUCAGUUAUAAAAGACAGAGAAGAAGUGGAACACUUCAAAGAAUUCCUGAACAAGAAACAUAACAGAGGUAUCAAAGAUCUCAUGGCUUGGACAGACAUGGAAACUUUUCGCCGCGUUCCCCGAUUCAUGGAAGAGAAACGCGACCAGAAAGCCAGAGAGAUUCGUGACAACUGGCUCGGUAAAAAGUACUUCUUUGGAACUGACAGCCCUGCUACAAGAAAUGGUCAAAACUUGAUAAUGAACUUAAACGGGGGGCGCCCGAUAAAGGAACGACCGCAGUCGCCAGUUAUACUCGAAAGCCAGAAGUUUGUUCGUGCGCGAAUUGAGCGCCGAUGGUUGAUGUUAUUCAAACAAACGGCCGAAUUUCUAGAAAGGCAAAAACCUCGCACAGUUAGCGUGCCUGAGAUGGUAGAGGACAUCAUGUUGAAGAGGCGACUGCAAAGAAGUGAAGCCGCUUGGAAGAUUUUAAACAGCAGGUGGGUAUCUUCGUCACGUGACGUGGUGGCUUUACGUCAGACGCUACUCAAUCCCAGUCACGCUGCCGAAUUCACGGCUUUUGUCGCAAUGAAGGGCGACACGCUGGAAAGUAAUGUUCAAUUUUGGCUCGAAGUUCAGAAAUUCAAGGAUUUAUGUCACGCGCAUGCUCAACAGGCCUUAAUCCAACGCAAAAUUCAAACCAUUGUAGACUGUUUUCUGAACUCGGCUAUUGCUCCUGAGCUGCAGAUCGAUAUUCCCAUUGAGAUGGCAGAGAAGCUGAUGGAAAGGCUUUCGGGGAGGAAUCAUUCAAUUCAUCCUUAUGUCUUCAGAGAAGCACAGAUGACGGUUUUUCGAGUUCUUUUUAACCACUGGAAAGAGUUCAUAACUCACCGGAGUAAAAUACCAGAGGGCGAAGAUCCAAGGGAACACUUUGCUGAAAUGUUGAGGAGACAUAGGACUGACACCAAGUCCAAGAAGGACGCCAGUGAACGGAGGAGACUGGCGCGACUCAGUGCUGAAAGAAAAAAGAAAGAAAAGGAGGAGCGAGAAAAGAAGCGCAUUGAAGAUCUGUCAAGUUUGUUUAGUACGGAUACAGCCACCUAUUUUUACACGGAAGAGGAUGAUCUACGCUCUUGGUGUUACUCCAAGCACUUAGUGGAACAGGAGAGGCAGGAACACAACAAGCGGCUUAGAGAACAAGGAAUUAUUGUCCCGGAGGAAGAACUCGUGGAAGAAAAAGAGGAGACAAAGAGUCGUCGCUCUCGCGUGUCCAUGGCGAAGUUCUCUAGUUUUGGCAAGAAAGUUCAUGACACAGCCAGUGACAAGAAAAGCAGUGAAGGAUCUUCGAAGAGACUUCAAGCAAAGCUUGGAAACCUUAAAAAGAACACACAUGGUCAGGUGUCUCCAUCCUCAGCCAGGCGUGGUUCUGCUGUGUCUACAGUUGUGUCAGUCACCCGCCGGAAUUCUGGCGUAUCGCUUACGCUGUCACGCAAGGAUGACAAAAUGAGCAUGACAACAGUAAGUAAAGAUGACAAAGGUGUCGCAAAAGGAGAAGAAAAAAUCACUCUCCCAAAAGAUUCGCAAGAGGAAAAGAAAAAUCAAGGAACAAGCUCUGAGAUUCAAGUGAUUCCGAUAACUUCACCAGACACACUGCAACCUCAUAGCGAAGGUAAAUUGUUACCGCAGCGAUCACGCAACUCCAGGCGACUUCUACUUGGAAAACAGCUACCGAAAUCCACUGGAAAGAAACGAGUUCCCUUAGAUGCUAUUUCUUGUAUUAGUGACUACAGUGUUUUGAGUAACAUCGAGUUUCAACCUCGGGUGACAUCGCCAGGGAAACAUGGUCAGCCGGGAGGGACCUCUCUGCUUACGUCCAAAUCUCUCAAGGACUUCACAAACUCGCCUGAAGGAGCUCAACUCUCGAUGCCUUUACCGCUGGUCAGAAUUACGUCAGCAUCUCAUCUUGAAAAGUCGGACACCGACGGCUCAAUCGGAGAUCUGUCGCCAUUAUACUACAAACCGCGUCCUAUGGCCCAGAGCCUGAAGAAGUCACCCAUCAGGCCGGGAAGGAGAAAGGGCCUGGGACUCACUAAAGAAGAAGUACAGAUAAAACCGGAUGUAAUUGUGAACUAACUUACGAACGUUCUUUUUAUUUU